GCUCGGACCCUGGCUGCCCCGCCGCGCCCGCCGGCGUCCGGCGCUCCCCGCCGCGGCAUGGCGGCCCCCGUGGGCCGGCGCGGCUCAGAGACUGAGCGCCUCUUAACCCCCAGUCCUGGGUAUGGCACCCGGGCUGGGGCUUCCCCGCCCCCCCCAGAAGAGGAAGACCUCCGCCGUCGGCUCAAAUACUUCUUCAUGAGUCCCUGUGACAAAUUUCGGGCCAAAGGCCGCAAGCCCUUCAAGCUGAUGCUGCAAGUAGUGAAGAUCUUGGUGGUCACGGUGCAGCUCAUCCUGUUCGGGCUCAGCAACCAGCUGGCAGUGACAUUCCGGGAGGAGAACACCAUUGCCUUCCGGCAUCUCUUCCUGCUGGGCUACUCUGAUGGGGCGGAUGACACCUUUGCGGCCUACACACGGGAGCAGCUCUAUCAGGCCAUCUUCCACGCUGUGGACCAGUACCUGAUGCUCCCAGAUGUGUCGCUAGGCCGCUAUGCCUACGUGCGGGGCGGGGGUGGCCCCUGGGCUAAUGGCUCAGCCCUGGCCCUCUGCCAGCAGUACUACCACCGAGGCCACGUGGACCCAGCCAACGACACCUUUGACAUUGAUCCCAUGGUUGUCACUGACUGCAUCCGGGUGGACCCCCCUGAGAGACCCCUUGUGCCCCCCAGUGAUGAUCUCUCCCUCUCGGACGGCAGCGCCAGUUACAAGAACCUCACGCUCAAAUUCCACAAGUUGAUCAACGUCACCAUCCACUUCCAGCUGAAGACCAUCAAUCUCCAGAGCCUGAUCAACAAUGAAAUUCCAGACUGCUACACCUUCAGUGUCCUGAUCACUUUUGACAAUAAGGCGCACAGCGGGCGUGUCCCCAUCAGCCUGGAGACCCAGGCUCACAUCCAGGAGUGUAAGCACCCCAGUGUCUUCAGGCACGGAGACAACAGCUUCCGGCUCCUGUUCGAUGUGGUUGUGAUCCUCAUCUGUGCCUUCUCUUUCCUGCUGUGUGCCCGCUCGCUGCUCCGUGGCUUUCUGCUGCAGAAUGAGUUCGUUGGGUUCAUGUGGCGGCAGCGGGGACGGGUCAUCAGCCUCUGGGAGCGGCUGGAAUUUGUCAACGGCUGGUACAUCCUGCUGGUCACCAGCGAUGUGCUCACCAUCUCGGGCACCAUCAUGAAGAUUGGUAUCGAAGCCAAGAACCUGGCAAGCUAUGACGUCUGCAGCAUCCUCUUGGGCACUUCCACGUUGCUCGUCUGGGUCGGCGUCAUCCGCUAUCUGACCUUCUUCCAUAAGUACAAUAUCCUCAUUGCCACACUGCGGGUGGCACUGCCCAGCGUCAUGCGUUUCUGCUGCUGUGUGGCUGUCAUCUACUUGGGCUAUUGCUUCUGUGGCUGGAUCGUAUUGGGGCCAUACCAUGUGAAGUUUCGCUCGCUGUCCAUGGUGUCGGAAUGCCUGUUCUCACUCAUCAACGGGGACGACAUGUUCGUGACGUUCGCCGCAAUGCAGGCACAGCAGGGCCGUAGCAGCCUCGUCUGGCUCUUCUCUCAGCUCUACCUCUACUCCUUCAUCAGCCUCUUCAUCUACAUGGUGCUGAGCCUCUUCAUUGCGCUCAUCACUGGAGCCUAUGACACCAUCAAGCACCCCGGCGGCGCUGGCGCAGAGGAGAGCGAGCUCCAGGCCUACAUCGCGCAGUGCCAGGACAGCCCCACCUCCGGCAAGUUCCGCCGCGGGAGCGGCUCGGCCUGCAGCCUCCUCUGCUGCUGCGGCAGGGACGCCUCGGAGGAGCAUUCGCUGCUGGUGAAUUGAGUCGGCCCCGCCACUGCUGCUGGACAUUAGCCCUACGACUGCCGAGACUCACGCUUAUUUAUUUUUAGGGUUUGCUUUUAAGGACCGGUUCCCCGCCGCGCCCUGAGGACCUGGGCCCGUCGGGUCGGACGCGGGCG